UAUAAAUACAGACAAAGCAACCUACAAAACUAGAGCUCGAUUUUGCUGGAAAAAUACUGGCACGUUAACAACUGCUAUUAGUAAUAUGCAAAUUAGCCAGCAAUUUCAGGGAAUUAGAAGAUAGAUACACCAUUGGUUGCGAAUAUUUAGAACUUGCUGGUUGAUCAGUGCCACUCCGCUGUUUUCUUCACACAAACAGCAUCUCAUCUUUAGUCGUACAUCAAUUGCUCAUUAACUUCACCAUGGAAAGGCUGAGAUCUCCGCCUUCUCCGAGCGGGGGAAGCUCAUCCGGAAGCGCAGCCCAUAGAAACAAACUCUAAGCCGGCACACGUGAAAGUGAAAGCCCGCCUGGGAUAGCUGAGGGAAGGAAUAUCAGUUUGCGAGCAAUUGUGAGGAGCAGCCGGGCUGAAGCUGCCUCUCUUGCCAAGCAGAGCCACACCCGUUUCAUACCCUAGCCCAGCAAAUCAAACACUGUGUCUGUGCCGAUCUUUGGACACUGCCUUGCGGGCAUGAGCUUCGUACUUUAGCUGGGAAAACUUGGCACUUCUUGAUUUUAGUAGCGGCUGUGGGCGAUGGCGAUAACUCACGCUGCGGCCGAGUAUGUGUUCUCGGAUUUUCUGCUGAAGGAGCCGGGCGGCUGCAGACUCCGGGGAGUGAGACUGGAACUGGCCGUGGAUAAGAUGGUGACCCUGGUGUCGGCCGGCCUGCCUCUCCUCCUCAUCUCUCUGGCCUUUGCUCAAGAAAUCUCAGUGGGCACCCAAAUUAGUUGCUUUUCCCCGAGUUCUUUUUCUUGGCGACAGGCAGCUUAUGUUGAUGCCUACUGCUGGGCUUCGCUACAUCGGCCUUUACCGAAACAUGACGCUGAAAGAAUACCAUUGUGGCUUCAUAAGGUUUUUCCAUAUGUUCUCCUGCUAGUAGCAAUCCUUAUGUAUGUUCCAGCCUUAUUUUGGCAGUUUACUGCAGCGCCUCAGCUUUAUGGAGAAUUGACUUUUAUAAUAGAAGAGCUUGAUAAGGCCUACAACCGUGGAAUCAGAUUAGCACAGCACAUUGUCAGCACCAGUGGAUUUGAUGCUAACAUCUGUUUCCAAACCUUUGGGGAGCAGAGCGGUGCCAAGGAGAAAAGGGAGAAUUUUUUCCAGUUCCCAAUCGUGGAGCGUUAUUUGAAAUCAAAAGAAGACUCCUGGAGAAUGUUGACGUUGUAUCUUAUUCGCAAAGGCCUUGCUGUCACGUUUCUUAUACUUGCCUGCAUCUACUUGGGAUAUUACAUCUCUCUGACCUCCCUCACAGAUGAAUUCAGAUGCUCAGUCAAAACAGGCAUUUUGGGGAACGAAACAAGCAUACCAGAUUUCUUUCAGUGCAAACUCAUUUCUGUUGGAAUUUUUCAACUCCUAAGUAUCGUCAACAUUGUCGUAUAUAUCCUCCUUACACCAGUGGCAGUGUACAGUAUGAUAUUUCCUUUAAGAAAGAAGUUCACUUUUCUUAAGGUAUAUGAACUUCUGCCACAGUUUGAGGUGAUGAACGUUACUAAAGGCUAUUGGAAUGACUUGAAUCUGUACCUUCUAUUUUUGGAAGAAAAUAUCAGUGAAAUAAAAUCACAUAAGUGCCUCAAAGUGCUAGAACACAUAAAAGGCAAGGGGCUAUUAGAACCAUCAGUGAUGGAUGCAAUGAUGCCUUUAAUAGCCCUUGGACAAGUCAAGUCAGAUACAGUAGAUGGUUUGGCCAAAACCAAGAAAGCUGAGCAGAAAUCUGACCCCAAUAUGGACCUGAAUACAACACAACUGAAAGAUAUCCAAGAACUGCCAGCUGGACAGAGAAUGCAGCCUCAACAUGAAGGGCGAGAACUACCAAAGGCAACUGAUGAAGAUGCACCCUCACUUGAUCUAACAAUGGCAGCUGGCUCAGGGACCUUUAAUGUUUAAAGAAGAACUCUGAACACCCAACAAUUAUCCGACAGAACUACACCACAAGAUUUUAUGUUUUUUAGCAAAAGCAAACUUUAUUGUAUAUAUAAAGAGAAAUAAAACAAAGCAAGCACCACUAAUAACACUGUAGCUUAUAAAUACUUAGUCCUGGAUGGUGUCAGUAUUCCAGCUAUUCCUCCAAGGUAAAAUUCUAUGGGAUUCCUUCCAUUAGCUUUUUGGCUAUGCACUCCUCCACCAUUUUCUUUACUGACUUCCAGGCUGUGGAUGCCUCAGCUCAUGUCUGGGUAUUCAACCGCCGUCCCAGAGUUUUCCAAGCUAAGUCUACUGACUGAUUUCUGCUACAAGACUCUGUGAGAGCCAUUGUAGAUUUCUUCCAUCAGCUGCAAGCUAGAGCAAAGUUUCUGGCUGACUUUCCCUCAUGAAACCCAGACUGAACUGCUUGCUUCUGUCAUUAAAUACACACGGAUAAAUUAAGCAAAAGAACCUUCCACCUCCACGUCCUGUCUCUAGGACAAGGUGGCAUGCUUUGUGAUGGAUACAUUUCAAACAGAAAUGUAAACGAAUUAGUUUACCUUCAACACAUCUCUUUGAUUCUGUAACUCUUAAGGAUAAUUUAUAUUGCUAAUGGAUGUAAUUGCCUCUCUCUAGAAUUGCAGGCCCUGUUAAGGAACACUCUUGUUUACAAGUGGUUUUAUCUUCUUUUGUUCUGGGAACUACAUAAAUCAUUUUAAGUAUUUUAUUGAAGUAAGUGUAGACCUUCUGGCUCCCUUACAAGCUGAGAGAUGGGGUCAUUCAUUAUUUAAGUUUACACUUCUACCUCUGACUUUGUAAGUUGAACACAAGUUACCUUUUAAGUGUGAUAAACUCCAAGCUUGUUUGAGUUGCAUUUACUUCAAGAUUGCUUAUCAGUUUCUCAAUCAGAUGCUCCCCUUCCCCAUCUUUAUACAGUCAAAACUUUAAUUCCUAACACUAAAAGUUAUAUUCUAAAACAUAUGAAUUAUGAAUUUGCAACAAAAUAUGGGUGUACUUGUGUCGGUGGUGAUUUAUAAGAGCCUGCAUGUGGAAAGAUAGUAUAGCAAGCAUGCAAUGCUGUAGAUAGUGCAAUCACACACCCAGUAUCAGUGAUCCAUUUGGUGAAUGUUCUGAAUUUUAAUUAACAGAAUAGUAUUCAUCUCAAAACUUAAAAGUGUGUUAACUUUCAACAUCAGGUUAAAUGCAAUGAUAAUAUUAAAAGUUAACUAUCCAGAAGGAACAAUAGGGGUUCCGACCAGUGCAAGUAAAACAGUGUUGGGAGAGAAUUGUGUCGGGAGUAUAAUAGUUCACAAAUGGGAUAAUAUGUACGUUGUAAAUCACUGGAAAUUUCAGCUUGUUAAACCAGCAAACUGUUAUUUAUUUGUUUUAUUUAUAUUAAAUAAUUUUAGAAAGUGCUUUACAUAGUUGAGCAACUUUUAUUACAGAAAUAAUUAUUUAAAUUAUUUAAUUGUAUAAUAUUGACGCCAUUCUGCUGUACAUAAACGUAACCCUAAAAUGGAGGCAUUGUAUUGGCUUAAAUCUUAAUUACUUUGUACAUAAUGAUGUAUAGAUUUUGAAAUAAUUUUAUCUUGAACUACUUCUUAAUUAUAUAAUUUUCCAUUUAAUUGAUCAGAAUUGUUGCAGUGAAUUGACUUAAUACUUUGUUUUCUGAUGGAUUUCAACCUUUUUCAGAAUAAAGUUGAAAUUUCUUUUGUUAAA